AUGGGCUGCAGUUCUUGCUCCUCCUGCUUUGGGAAGAACCAAGAUUCAAAAUCAGAUCAAGACGUCGAAGUUAUUGAAAUCGAAGAGAGCCAGCAGAAAAAUAAAAAACUUUUGCUCACUUCCCCUGAAAACCCUCUUAAAAACGCUUUGCCAGAUCAUCAAAAUUAUCCAAGUGUCUUAUCGCCAUCUGAGCACGUUCGUAUCGCAGAAGGCCGCCUUCCUCAUUUUCAAUUUGACCGCGAUGAUGGUUAUCCAGAGCUAUUUGACCCUCCUGAGCACCCUGUUAUUGGCUGCACUUACAUUGGGCAAAAAAAUCAAUUCAAUCAAAAACACGGGCGAGGUAUGAUUAUAUGGGAAGAUGGAUCUAAAUAUAUCGGAUAUUGGAAAAACGAUAAAGCAAACGGCCGAGGCCGUUUAAUUCAUUCUGAUGGAGACGUCUAUGAAGGAUAUUGAUAUGAGGAUAAAGCUCAUGGAAAAGGAAAAUACACACAUUUCAACGGAUCAACUUAUGAAGGCGAUUGAAAUGAAGACCAACAAGAAGGACUAGGAUUAGAAAGAUGAACCGAUGGCGCAUACUACAGAGGGCACUACAAAGCAGGCAAAAAGAAUGGGUAUGGAGAAUUCCACUGAGCCGAUAGCUCUGUAUAUAAAGGUCAGUUCAUUGAUAACCGAAUUGAAGGGUUUGGAGUCUACACAUGAAAAGAUGGCCGAAAAUAUGAAGGAUGAUGAAAAGAUAAUCAAAUGCAUGGAAAAGGAGUUUUCAAUUGACCUGAUGGCAGGCUGUAUCAAGGUGACUAUAUAAGUGAUCAAAAGCAAGGCUACGGAGAAUUUUUUUGGCCAAGCCGAAAAGUCUAUAAAGGCUUUUGGCUUGAUGGGAAGCAGCAUGGGCGAGGAUCUUUAAUUAAUCCUCAAGGCAUAAAAACUGGGGAAUGGGAAAAUGGGAGGUUUGUAAAUUAG